AUGACCACCAAACCAAUCAACAACAAUAACCAAGAGAAAAGCCAAAAGCAAGAGAAAGAAGAAGAAGAAGAAGAAGAAGAAGAGGAGGAGGAGGAAGAAGAAGUAACAACAAUGACCAGCUCAGCAACUCCCUCCCCAGACUACGACAAAGAACUCCGAAUCGCAUCCCUAGCCGUCCACCGCGCCAGCAUCCUCACCAAAAUCGUCCAAAGAGACCUCGACACAGGCCCCCUCUGCAAACCCGACGGUUCGCCCGUGACCGUCGCCGAUUUCGCGGCCCAAGCGAUCCUCGUCAGCGCUCUCCGUCAUCACUUCCCGGAUGAUGUGUUUGUGGGCGAGGAGUCUGCGUCUGUGCUUCGUGGUGAUCCCCUGCUUGCGCGGCGGGUGUGGGACCUUGUGUCUACGAUGACGUGGGUUGAGAAUGAUGAUGAUGAUGAUGAUGAUCGGGCUUUGGUCGCGGGGCCACAAUCUAUAGGGGAGAUGCUGGGUGCAAUCGAUGCUGCGGGCAGUGGGGAUGGAGCUGGGGGUCGGCGGACCUGGUUUCUCGACCCGAUUGAUGGGACGGCGACGUUUAUACGAGGCCAGCAGUAUGCGGUGUCCGUGGCGCUGGUGGAGGAUGGGGAGCAGAAGGUCGGUGUGGUCGGGUGUCCGAAUCUGGCGUUCAAGAGCACUUCUGUCCAUGAGGAGGUUGUCGAUAGAGAUGGGUAUGGGAUGAUGCUAUUCGCUGUCAGGGGUCAGGGUGCGUACAAGAGACGGAUGAGCCUGUCUAGUUUGGGGCCUCUGCAGAGGAUUUUCCUGAGCCCGUGGCAAAGAAUGGGGGAGAGAAUCACGUUUACUGAAAGCUCGACCAGUGGUGUUAUCCAUCAGGAGAAGCACAAGUUCAUCAGGGACAUACUAUUCGCCAAUCCGGUGGUAGACCUUUACUCUAUGCAAGUCAAGUAUGCGGCCUUAGCAAUUGGUGCAUGCAACGCGAUGAUUCGCCUUCCCAAGGACAAGGACCACCGGUUCCCUGCAUGGGACCAUGCCGGGGGAAUGCUCAUCUUCGAGGAAUCCGGCGGCAAGGUUACCGACCUAUAUGGCCGACCUUUUAACUAUGCUCUUGGGAGAAGCUUGGCUGACAAUGAGGGCUUGGUGGCAGCUAAACCAGUGCUUCACACCGACCUUUUGCGCUAUACACGAUAUGUUUAUGGGAGAAACAAGUCUAAGCGGUGCAUCAAACCAACGUGA